AUGGACUUCCAAAAUGUAAAUCCCUUAAAUGUUCGUUUGAAUAUCAUCUCAGGCAAUUUAUUACCUAUAACUAGCGAUGGUUCAUCGUUUCAUAUAACAUGGAGAAUAUACACUAUUAUCAUAUGGAUAAUUGAAUUGUUCCAAACCUGUGCAACGAUCUGCGGGUUUGUAUUAGUGGCAAAUCGUGAGACUUUGCAGAAUGCUGGAACAGUUAGUAUCGUAUUGAGCAUCGAAGUGUUCAUUUUGCUUACGCGUAUGUACGCAAGCAAAGACCUAGCAAGUCAAUUAAUCCAAAAGCUGAAUAGCGUCAUGCACUCUGGAGAUGAGACUAUGAAAAACAUUGUACAUUCAACUCUGAAACCAUUAGAGAUUCCACUUGAAUUUUAUUGCAUAGCUGGAACUGGAUCUGUAAUAGUAUGGUGUAGUAUGCCGCUUAUAUUAAUUUUUAAGAAGAAGUCGUUUUUCUACGAAGAUUUUGGAAUGAUGGCAGCCUUCUCAAAACAACCGUUUUCAACAAAAGUUUUUGUGCUGGGCAAUCUUAUCGAAACUGUUGCUAGUGCUUAUAUAUUCCUAAAAAAGGUUGCUUUGAAUGUCUAUAUGAUAAAUCUUGUAUUACUGUUAACAGCACAGUAUCGUUACAUCGCAAUAAAGCUCGCAGCAAUAUUUCACUAUAAUACUUCACAAAAUGAAGGCCAUGAAUUCCAAAAGGAAAAUUAUUCUCAAGCGACGCAGUGUGAUACAGUGAUCAUAUUAUUUUCGUUUAACAUUAACAAACAACAAGGACGUAAUGAUUCACUGUGUUAUACUGUGUCAUCUAUGUCUCUUGCUGGAAAGCACCAUAUCACGACAUUGAUAUUAAAGAAAUUCCUGUCCUUUAAUAUGAGUUUAAUAUACUUGAAUAAUAUCUUUCUCUUCUGUUUUGUCGACAUCGUUUUCAUAAACGCAGUAUACUCGCAGAAACGAACACAUGAGAGGACGUACUUUUUAUCGCUCUGGAAUAUGGGAUCUGUGCUUAUUGUAUACCUAUGUGGCGCAUUAAUACAGCUUUAUAUUCUGUGCUUCUGCGUUCAUCAACUAUUAGAAGCGAGCAAAGAACUAACAGAUAAAGCAUUCCACGAAAAGUGGUAUCAAUUUGGACCAUCCUUGAAACAUAUAUUCAGAAUGAUUAUGGUAUCUAAUAAUUUAAAGACAAAAUUGUCUAUUUCUGAAAAAUUUAAUUUGUCUCUCCCUUCAUUUUUAGCGAUUUUAAAUCAAUCAUAUUCGAUUGCUAUUUUGCUUUUAAAAGUAAAAUGAAAAUUGACAUGGAUCUUAAUUGCAUCGAUAUCUUGUACACAUAUUUAAUAG